AUGCCGAAGGGACUCAAUCUGAAGGGUUUCGGACGGCGCAAGUCCUCCGCUAACAUCCUCGAGGGACACUCCGAGGCUUCUGCCUCCGCGCAACCUGCUGCAUCUGCAUCUGCAUCUGCAUCGUCUUCCUUCCGCGUGCUUGAGAGAAAAGACGGAAAGCCAACAUAUGGCGCGCCGGUAACAAGACCAGAGAGGACCAGCAGCCGGCCAUUCGUCUCGCCGCUGCACGCACUGCGAGGCAAGUCGGCGGACCAGCUGGAUCCCUACCCGAACACGUCGGUGCACACGUCUCGAAACAAUACCAGACCGGGGUGGCGGUUAAACGACAACGCUAGGGGAAGUGGUGGGACCACCAACUCAGGCUCCUCCGGCCACUACGACAGUUCUUCGGCGUCGGCCCGCUACAGCUCGACCUCGACGCUGCCCUCGUCUGUUGACCAGGAUCACCACCACGAGCAACAGGACGACCUGCACUCUGUGCGCAAGGAGGCCACUACGGGCAUGUACCGCACCGUGGCAGCAGAUGCAGACGAGCCUCCUCCACCGCCGCCCUCCUUCUCUUCGCGUGCAGCACGCGCAUUCUCCUUUGGUAACAGACAGCCCAGAAAUUCCAAAGAGACUCCACCACUGGUGCCGGUGCAUACGAGCAGCAGGCCUCCAACACAGCCGCAGCAAAAUCAGAGCCCACCCCGAGAACGAGCAAUGACCACGAGCAGCUAUGCCAGCACGGCCGUCACAGCGAUUCCCAUCAAGCGCGAGCUGACGCUGACUUCACCCGAUUUUGGCAACGAUGACUUUAGCAACAUGUUCGACAGCCUGCACAAAGAUGCUCCAGCCCUGCCACCGCCCACGGCGAGUGCCUUUCACCGUACCGAGUCGGAACCUAUGUAUCCACCCAGAACACUUUCUCGGAACGCUCUGACCCCUUCGCCGAACCCGCUGAAGCUGACAUCCUCACGCGAUGACUACGACGCCUCGCCAUACGCCCAAGACAGUGACCGACUCAUGCACAGUCCUGCGCUUAGCUCGCCGCACACACUAGACGGUACCGCGCCGGGGCCAGCCGAUGGGAAUGGAAUUACCCGAGCUUUCCUUGGCGGAUCCAAGUCAGGUUACUCGCGCGUUCCUGAACGCUACACGUCUCCUGGACCAGAGAGGGCAUCUAUCUCCAGCUACAGCUCAGUGAUGGAUGAUGGUGUCGACGGCAGUAAAGAGAACGGACACUACCCUAACCGACAGACGCAGGUCGAUGAUGAAGAUCGAUGGGUCAAGAGGGUGGAGCUGCGCGACGAGCCCAUGACCAGUCCAGUCUCGAGCAGAACCACCACCCAAGCCUUGUCGAGCGCCUCGCGGCUAGGAGCGACCAGCCCUAGCAGCAAUGCCGACGACUCUCUGUUCAGCGGCGAGUCCAAUGCCACGACACCCCGAGCGACGAGACUCGAUGUGCGCGACACCUCACUGUACGGGGCGUCACCCAACGGUCCUCCGUCGCGCGCCGUGCGACCGGCGGCGCACCAGCGCACCGAGAGCGGUAACCUCAAGAAGAUGACACCGGCGCAGUUCAAGGCUUUACAAAGGAAUGGCCACAGCGCCAAUGCUGAGCACAGCGAAGAAGAGGAUCUUUCAGACAACGACUACGAUGACGAGGACGAGCAUGAGCGCGUGAAGCAUCUGGCUAACCAGCGUAGGAAGCAAGAGGCCAACAUGUCGGUAUACAGGCAAAAAAUGAAGAAGGUCACCGGAGGUGGGCCAUCAGACCUACCAUCAUCCGGAGCUUCCACAAUACGGCCUUCUGUGGAUCGUGACUCGAGCGCUCCCGGCGGAAUGGGCAUACAUUUCGGGGGCAUCAGCGGUCGACCACCACCAGAUGCUGUCCGGGGCUCGCAGCUCAAUGAAGAGGAAGACGAGGAUGUACCUCUUGGUAUCUUGCAGGCGCAUGGUUUUCCAAGUGCCUCAAGACCUCCUACUCGACAGGACGGUGACGCACAUGGACGACGCAGCUCUAUGGCUGGAUCCGCCAUUAAUGGCGGCGGCGCAGGUCAAGGCGCCCUGCCAGCCUUCGCCAGGAGGCUACCCCAGGAUCCGUACUUCGGUUCUUCUCUUGUCAAUCCAAGCACAAGGGAGUCCUUGGCCAUGAACGGUCACGCAUCCAUGAUGAUGGGACAACCUAUGAUGCCACAGCCACCCGCACCUCAAGGUCACCCAGGAGGUUUGGUUGGUGUCAUUGCUGGAGAGGAGCGAGCAAAGGCGGCGAGGCGCGCAAACCCCAACAUGGCUGCUGGUGGCUUCAGCACGAUGGGACAGAUGCCGCUGCCAUCGAACAUGAAUAUGCCACCACCAAUGCCGCGUGCCAACUCGACGGGCAAUCUCGCUCCGCCCUCUGUAUACGCACCUUCCGGAACUCCACCGAUGCCCAUGAUGCCGCCACAGUUUGCACAGAUGAUGCCACAAAUGCAACAACCUGCGGGUGGCGUAAGCCCGGAGGUCAUGAAAAUGAUGGAGAUGCAAAUGCAAAUGAUGCAGAACAUGAUCCAGAUGCAGAAUAUGCAGAUGGGAGGUCCACAAACGCCAGGCACACCGCAGCAACAACCCGGCCAACAAAGGACCAGUGACUACCUGGGCGUCAACUUUGGCGGUGAGCGACCAAUGUCCAUGGCAAGCCAGUACGGACCUCCUGGACCGCAUAGUCAAGGUGGUGGCGCGAUGACCAUGAUGAAUCCUCCCACCGGCUGGGCACAACCCCCGCAACCUAGAGGCCCAAGACCGAAUAGCGCAAUGCCACUCCAGGGAAGCACUUACGCACCAUCUGUGCAAGGCCUCAACAUGAAUGGCGGUGGAGCAAAUGGAUACGCACCGUCCAUGGCACCCAGUGAGCGCAGCAAUAUUGGGAUGCCUUCUCGAUACCGGCCUGUUACCGCGAAUGGAGAUACCUCGCGAACUCAGAGCAUGACAUCUGGGUUUGCUCUAAACGCUUUUGCAAACCAGCAGACGUCGCCCGACUUCCCGGUAACACCAUACAACGGCCAACAAGUGCAGACACCCAAGCCCACCAUCCGGGUCGUUGAUAAGCCCAAAGGCGGACCGAAGACACAGACACGGCCAGUCGCCGACGAAGAGGACGACGGCUGGGCUGACAUGAAGAAGAAGCGUGAUGAGAAGAAGAGAUUUAAGUGGGGCAAGAAGUCGACUUCCCAGGCCACUGCUGAGCCAUCUCUCAACGAUCUUUAUACGGGCAUGGAUUAG